AUGACGCGGGCGGGAGGACGGAAGAGGGGAAGGGGCGCCUCCAUCCCCUCCCUGCGUAUACCCGAAGGCUACCCCGAGGGAGCCCGGCCGCUUGGCUCCCUGCUGCCCCCGGCUUGCCGAGCGGCAGGGAAGAAGUUGCCGGAGCUCCUUGUUCGGGCCGCCGCCGAGCGAGCGCAGCUGCGUCAGGCCCGGCAUGCGGGGGCUGGAGCGCGGGGGCGGGCGAGAUGGCUGGAGGUCGCUGCUGGAUCCAAGGAAGCCCUUCUGCGCCCGAGUCUGCUUGGCCCCGGGGAGGAGGGCAGGUGCUGGGCGAAGGGCGUGAUCCAGCGGCCGCAGGGAGGGCCCGACUUAGGGUCCCCGGUGAGCCUCCUGGCAAAGCGGCAGGGGGUAUUGGAGCCCCGAUCUCCUGGGUCCUCUCGACGGGCUCCCCACGACGGUACGCGGAGGGCAGGCGGCGGAGGCGCUGCGUUCAGGCGCUAUUGCAGCGCCGCCGCCGCCGCGUGGGAAGCCAACAGGCGAGAGCCACCCCAGGCCAGCCGUUCCCCGGCGGCGGGCGGGGAAUUCUCCUGCGUAAGCCCGGCUCCGGCUCUUCUUGCGCGGGAGAGCUGCCCGCGGGGUUAUGCUGUUCUCCCGGCUUUAACCGUCGGGAGGGCGGAGGGCUGCGUUCUGGAUUCUGCACCUCCAACACCAUCGCUUUGGGGCGUCUUCCGUGCUUCACUUCUGAAGGUUGCUGAAGAAGAUGCCCCCCUUGACGCGGGUCUUUGGGUCCGUGGGAGGCGGGUGGGGAGUUUGACUUGGUGCAGAGGCGUACUAGAAGGUCUUUUCUUCCUGCUGUUGGUGCUGACAGGAAACGAUCAGUGGCAGAGAAGAGGAUCUAUCUUCAGUUUAACCUUCCGCUGCUCGGUUUUUUUAAAACACCAACACUCACGUUGGCCAGGACAACAUUAGCUUGCAGUGCAUCCUAUCUUCAUUCAGUUUCUCUCUUUUUGCCUCAAACAUCUACCCUGGAUGAAGACUUCUGCGUUAGCCAAAGGCUUCUAACCAUUCUGAAUGCUCACGGCCCCAAUAAAAACAGCCUUGUGACUUUUGUAUGCAACACUCCCAUGGAAUAAUUAUUGGCAAUCCAAACGUGUGGCAGGUGCAUUGACCUUUGUUAAAACCCCAAGUGUGCUGGGGGCCAGUGCAGGAAAGGACUGCUGCCCUCCUGUGAGGUACUUGGGGCUUGGGAGGCCAUGGAGAGCCUUGUCGCAAAGCUCAGGUUUCCCUGAUGGGUGCUCUUAUGUACAUUUGUAUAUAUAUUAGCAAAGAUUGCCAACGGUCUGAGAUGCUGUGUGCCAGUGUGUAUUUACCUAAGUAGCAGGCUUUUACCCUGCAUUGAGAUCACUGAGACUCAAGGCUUAGUAAAAUAAGAAAAGCUACUGUAUUUAUAGAAAUAGGAAAGGCAUAACCCUCAAUGAUGAAAUGUUUUGCAACUGGUUGCUCCACUUUUUUUGGUUAAGAUUGCUGAUUUGUGGUUUCUGAAGUGUGUGCGUAGGUCAGUUGUGGUUUUUCCUACGUAUUGGAUAUGGCAUCCUGGUCUUUUGCAUUCAAUCACAUAAAUUAUAUUGCAGGACCUGCAGGUGAUGUUCUGUUUGAUGUAAUAUGUCCUGCCUGUCCUGAUGUAUAUAUUUCUAUUGUUUGCCACCCUG